GUUAGCUAGCCGUUGGACCGUUAGCGGUCCCUCGCCCGCAGUUUGGAAACCUGCUGUCCCGGACUGGCCGACCUCUGCUCUCCGGCUCUCUGCCUCCGACUCCGCCUCUCUCAGCGCCAACACACGAGCGACCGACUCCCCAGCCUGCCUGCCUGCCGCCACCCCUGAAGCCCCUUCCAGCUCCAGCCUGUUACUCCCCAAACACCGGACUGCCAACGCGAAGCUACCUCUUUCUGCCUCACGCCAAGAGUACUCGUGAUUAUGUCGGAGGCAAAACUUUAGAAGGAGAAGGAGAAGUACCAGCAGGAGGGAUUAGCUGCACCGGAGAAGUUUUUUUUUUCUUCUUUGCCCCCAGUUUUUUGGCCCCGCGGCGGGGCAGGACAGUCAAGGCAGGCCGAGUGGAGGGGAGGGGGGAAAACGGAGACCGUAUGAUGUGGAUCUGGUACCUGCUGCUUGGUUCGGGUUCAGGCUCAAGAACUGUUGAGAGCCAGCUGCUCCCGGGGAAUAACUUCACCACAGAGUGCAACAUCCCUGGAAACUUCAUGUGCGGAGAUGGGAAGUGUGUCCCGGGCGGGUGGCAGUGUGACGGACUGCCCGACUGCUUUGACAAGAGCGACGAGAAAGGCUGUCCCAAGGUCAAGUCCAAAUGUGCCCCCACAUUCUUCGCCUGCGCCAAUGGUGUCCAUUGCAUCAUCGGACGCUUCCGCUGCAACGGCUUCAGCGACUGUCCUGAUGGGAGUGACGAGGAAAACUGCAGUAACCCACUGGUGUGCUCAGAGGCUCGCUUCAAGUGUCGAAAUGGCCACUGUGUAGACCGCAGUUUCUUGUGCAACGGCCAGGACAACUGUCAGGACAACAGUGACGAGGAGCUCUGCCUGACUACAGCGGAAGCUCCAGGACAGGACUUUGUGACAUUGGACUAUCGCCUGCGCUACUACCCCAGCAUCACCUACGCCGUCAUCGGCAGCGCCGUCAUCUUCGUCCUGGUGGUGGCGCUGCUCGCUUUGGUGCUCCACCACCAGAGGAAGCGGAGCGUCCUGCUGCCCAGAGGCGUAAGAGGGAGUUCGCAUCACCACCACCAGCCGCUGCUGCUGUCCCGUCUGGUCAUCUUGGACCGGGGCCACGUCCAUCCCGGCGGUGGCGGUCUCUCUCCCGGCUCCCCAACUGCAUCAGGACAGUACCGCUCGACUCCUCAGGCACUGCAGCUGCUGUCUGGGACCCUGUAUCCCUCCGGACUGUCCAUGGACUCACCUCCAUCCUACUCACAAGCUGUUCUGGAUGUCAGUCGUCCUCCCUGGUUUGAUCUCCCACCUCCCCCAUACCUCUGUGAUGGGGAGCUGCCAUCAGAAGGAGAGCUGCCUCAGUACGAGGGCCCACAAGACCCUUUGAGCUACCCCACAGCACCCUCCACACCCAGAACUGUGGCCUCGGGCACUCAGCCGAGUUCGAGCUCCAGAGAGGAGUCAGAGCAGCUGUAGUCACUCUCUUGUGGAGCGUAGAGACCGUAGUUAGACUGGAGAGACUGCAGGACUGAAGGCACCACAAGAGGCCAGAACGGUCCACAGCUGAGACCCUCUGAGGAGAAUCAACAGGGACUCAGACUGUUGGAGUAAACAAGGGCCCUGAACCUGCUGCCUUCACACCGGCUGACUGAAGCUCUGGACCGAGACGAGCUCGUCCUGCUAGACUGAGCUUGUGAGCUGGCGCCCCCUGCUGGGGUCCCAGCUGCACUACACACUACAUCACUUCAGCUCAGUUGAAUUGUGCUCCCCUUGAAGAAAAACUCUCCACGAUACCUAUCAAGCUGGAGUUAAACUGCCGAUUGUUAACAUAAUCAUUGACAUAUAUAAGAUGAUAACACCUGGAAUUGUCAUAUAAUCAUCAGUGAAUGGUGGAGUUUGAAAUGAUUAUUAUUAUUAUUAUUAUUAUUGUGUUAAAUUGUAAAGUACCUGAAUGCUAGAUGAAAUCUGUACUGUAGAGUUACUGCUACAUUUGUCAACUUACUUACUGUUCUUGGAUCAUUUUAGCAAAUACGCCUUAUUCAUACUGGAGCUGAGACAAGUGUAGUAGUGUUGUGUUGUGUAAAACGUUUAACAGGAACACAAAUCAAGAGCAGCUCAGUCAGAGGUACCCAAACCUUUUAAGCAGUCCUUUCAACAGUGACCCGAUUAUACAGCUUCACUGAACUGACGGCAGUAAAAACAACUUCUUUACUGCUGCUUCAAACUCAUUAACAAAGUGUUUUCACAGAGCUGAUGAGAAACAUCUUAAUAGGAAACAACCCCAGUGUUCAAAGUCUUCAAACAUAAUGUGAUCACAAUUUGCUGAUCCUUUUUAAAAUCCUCAAUUUAAAUUAUCAGUUAAAACAGUAUUGAGUUAAUGUAUUUAGUGUUUUUACCUCAUCAACAUUUUUUUGUAAAUAUCUGUUUAUUCUGAAUUUGAUGCCAGCAACAAGAUUCGAGCUAGUUGGGACAGAGACACAAGAUGUGAGUCACAUGAUUGUAUAAAUGAUUUCACAUACAUUUAACACAUCGUCCCAACUUGUUUGGAAUCAGGGUUGCAUUCAUAAAAAGAUGUUUCACAAUCAUGUUCACAGUAUUUCUUGUUGUCGUUUGCUUAAAUUCAAGCUAAAAAUAAUGUGAAGAGGACCAUUGAGAUUUUUUUUUUCCCUUUCUUUUUUUUUUGAAUAACGCUGAGCAGAAAUUAUGUAAGUGAGUUUCACAGAUCAUUCCUCUAAGCAGAAGAACCACCGCUGUCAGCAAAGACAACUUUUCUCUGUCUGAAGACCAAUAAAAAUUAUCUUAUGUAGAAACAAAAAGGAAAAUACAGAUAAUUUUUUCAUUGUUGAGGCCUUAUUCUGUGCCGGGUUGGUCAUAAGUGCCUGUGAUGUGUUUGUGGGCAUAAAACAUAAGCUUGUUCUGAUAUAUUACAGUCAGCUCACAUGACAAAAAAAAACACAUUACAUUGUUAAAAUUCUGCUUGAGUAUUUUUUUUAAUGUAUGUAACUCUGGUUGUCUUGAAAGAUCAUCCUCAGUAGUGUAAAGCAAAGACUGAUGAGACCCGUAUCUGAAGGAUCUGUGUUCAUAAAUGUACUAUUGUGUUGUGACCAUCGUUGGACACUGUACGUAGCAGAAGGGGAAAGUAAAGAGAGCUAUUUAAAAAAAAAAAAAAAAAAAAGUAGAGUUUUUAAAGAAAAGGAAGAGAUGAAUGUGUAAAUGUUGUUGUGUUUUGCAUUUUGCCUUUUUUCUCUCCGGAGCCUGCCGUGAUACGAAAAACAAUCAAACCAAAGAUAAUCAUUAUGAACCUUACCCCGAGGCUGUUCCCCUCCAAAGGAGUCAUUCUUCACAAGUGUUUGUGCCGUUAUUCUAUUAGAACGUGCAAAAAAAAAAAGUUUAUUGAGUAAAACAGAUUUCAUGUUUAUUUGCUGUAAAAGAAACUGGAAAAUAUUUCUCAGGACUAAAUUUCCACCAGUCUCGUCCGUUCUGUUUGUAUCCUGGUUGUGAUUUAAGAUCAUGUUACAUUUCCUUCUUCUUCUGAUUUGAUCUCUUAUUGACAUGCUUGUGACGGUUGCCCAUCAUGAUCUUUUUAUCUCUUGUAUUCUGUACUUGGAAAGUAAUAUAAAAUUCUGACUCAGACUGUG